AUAAAAAGUAGUACUCGUGUCUUACUCGUGCCAGCCACUCGCAUUUCUCCAGAUUUUAUUAUCCUUCCUCGAAACAAGAUCCACGAUUCGUUGCUGCGAUCGGCGUUAUUAUCGUCAGCUCUCUCGUUUCUGUUCUGUGGUUCGAUAUUGCUGAGUUUCUAGGCUAAUCUUACGAAUCUGUGAAAGUUUUUGAGAGAUUUGGCUUCUGUAGCUCACUCCUGCUUGAUUUAGGUUUUUUUUUUUUCCACUCGUAUGAAGCUGUUUUAGAGGCUGUUGUUGUUUAUGAUUCUCAGCUUGUUAUGUAUAGUUGGAUUUCGUGAGUUUUGGAUUUGAUCUGUGCGUUUAUUUAGUAGUGAGGCUCAUGUAUAUAUAUCUGUGUAUUUGUUCCAGAGCUUAGCUAAGAUGACGAAGAACUACCCAACCGUGAGCGAAGAUUACAAGAAGGCUGUUGAGAAGUGCAGGAGGAAGCUCAGAGGUUUGAUCGCUGAGAAGAACUGUGCACCCAUCAUGGUCCGACUCGCAUGGCACUCUGCUGGAACUUUCGAUUGUCAAUCAAGGACUGGAGGUCCAUUCGGAACAAUGAGGUUUGACGCUGAGCAAGCUCAUGGAGCCAACAGUGGUAUCCACAUUGCUCUUAGGUUGUUGGACCCCAUCAGGGAGCAAUUCCCUACCAUCUCUUUUGCUGAUUUCCAUCAGCUUGCUGGUGUUGUGGCCGUUGAAGUUACUGGUGGCCCUGACAUUCCUUUCCACCCUGGAAGAGAGGACAAGCCCCAACCACCUCCAGAGGGUCGUCUUCCUGAUGCUACCAAGGGUUGUGACCAUUUGAGAGAUGUCUUUGCUAAGCAGAUGGGCUUAUCUGACAAAGACAUUGUCGCUUUAUCUGGUGCCCACACUCUGGGACGAUGCCACAAGGAUAGGUCUGGCUUCGAAGGUGCAUGGACAUCAAACCCUCUAAUCUUCGACAACUCUUACUUCAAGGAACUCUUGAGCGGAGAGAAGGAAGGCCUUCUUCAGCUUGUCUCUGACAAAGCACUAUUGGACGACCCUGUUUUCCGUCCUUUGGUCGAGAAAUACGCUGCUGAUGAAGAUGCCUUUUUCGCUGAUUACGCUGAGGCCCACAUGAAGCUUUCUGAGCUUGGGUUUGCUGAUGCUUAAGCUGUGACGUAUGCUCUGUGUGUGUGUGUGUGUCUCCCCGAGAGUCAUGGCUGUUUUUGGUUGGGGGCUGGAGGGGUCGCAUUGCAUUUGAACUUUGUCAUAUGAUUGCUUAAUGUACUCUCGGAUUUACGUAUCUGUUUUUUUCGGUGGGUUGCGAUUUGAACACAUCCGUUGCGCUUUUGCUGCUUAGACACAUUAAUAAAAUUAAUUUCUCUCGAUAUUUAUGCCUC